UUCGAGGUCAAUGGCGAUUUUUUGUGCUCAUGUCGAUCAAUGCGCCUGUCAUUCCACAAUUGUUGAUAGAAAAAUAUGCGAGACUGAUUGAAAUUAGUGUUUAAUUUGUAGAAUAAUUGUGGGUUGAAUGUGAAAAUAUCAAAAGACUGAAAAAUGUUUCCAACAAGACGACUGUUGCUGUCUCUCCGUAAUAUUGCGAAGGGUCCAAUCAAGAGGUGUAUAACCUCAAAACCUGCUGUUACUCCAGAACAGAUUGAAGAAUCAGAUGCUGCUAAAAGUAUUAUUGUUUCAAGAACUGGACCUAUCACGCUGUUUGGAUUGAAUCGUCAGGACAGAAAAAAUGCUCUAGACAGUGGAGCAGCUCAAGAGUUGGCUGAAGCUCUGGACGAAUUCAAUGAGAAUGAAGAGACGAACGUUGGAAUCAUUCAUGGGAUUGGGGGGAAUUUUUGCUCAGGAUUUGACCUGGAGGAAAUAGCCAAAUCAGAAGGGGAUUCCGACAGGUUACCACACUUUGGGGCAUUAUGCACACGAAAUCAGUUAUCGAAGAAGCCCCUGAUUGCAGCUGUAACUGGAUAUGCAAUUGGAGCUGGCUUUGAGCUUGCCCUGAUGUGUGACAUAAGAAUUCUCGAGGAAAAAUCGCGAAUGGGAUUUCUAAACAGAAGAUUCGGCAUUCCAGUCAUGUGUGGAGGUACUGUCCGUCUACCAGCAAUGGUUGGAUACUCCAGAGCAAUGGAUCUGAUUCUAACAGGAAGGGAAAUCAGUGGAGAGGAGGCUUUCAGUUGGGGAUUAGGAACUCGAUUAGUUGCCUGUGGCUCAGCUCUUGGCCAGAGUAUAUCCCUGGCUCAAUCGAUUUUGAAAUAUCCUCAAGGAGCACUCCUGGCAGAUCGAACGUCCAUGAAUUACGCUACCUUCGGUGGAAAGCCGAUAGAAGAGGCUCUGGAGUUUGAGCGAGACAAUGCGACUGAUUUUUUACUAGACGAUGGGAUCAAGGGCGCCCAGAGGUUUGUAGACGGCUUUGGAAGGCAUGGAAAAUCAACGAAUAUCACUAACGACGAUCGUACGAGUUUCAGAAAGCUCGAAGACGAGGUCGUUUAAUAAUUAUUGAAUGUUAAAAAAUUUGUUCUUAAAAUAUUUGUCAAUUAAAAUACAAUAGUCUGUCACAUUGA